CAACAGUUGAUGCGAUUGGUGGAUAGUGCUCAGAAGCUGUUGACUGUACAAUGGGUGUGCCUUUUACUACUUUUAUCAGAUGAAAUGGAAAAUGUGAAAUAGGGGACAUUUUGCUGCUGGGAAAGGAAAGGUACUUACUGUUUACACACUUCAAAUGAUCCAGGAUGGAAAGACUUUAAAGCGGGGAGUGCUGUGUUGUCGCCGUGUAAUGGCUCCGGGCGUCGCUGACGGUACAAAUGCCGUAUUCAAAGUUGACUCCCGGUGCAACUGACGGAUUUAGUUCCCCGAAGAAGCUUGUGCGGGAGUUGUAAGGACCGUAUGUAACCAGCUAAACUAGCCUCCCUAUGUCACGGUGAAGCAUGGACGGGUGGAGCUUCGUCGUUGCCUCGGAUAAUGACCGCUCCAGCUCCGAGGGGGAGUACAUGGUGGAACAGGGAGCCGAAGACGAAGCCAGGGAGGCGGCGGACGGAGAGCAGCGGCGGGACGCGGAGGGGAUGGACGACGUGGGUGCCGCCGCCGUGGGGUUCGGGAUAAGCGGGAUAGGGGAGGGGAAGGUGGUGCUGGGUCGAGUCGGGCAGAGAGACGACAAAGAACUCAGGUACCUGCACUUGUUGUGGGAGCCCGGACGAGGAGAGCUCGGUCCGGCUGGCGUGGCGAGCAAGCUGGGGAAGAUGACGGGGAGCCGGGCCAGGCGACACCACCGAGCCGUUAGGAACAUGGGUCCUGUCGGUAAAGACGUUUACGCUGUGAAAAGACUGAGGGAAGCAGCGAACAGCAAUGACAUUGACACAGUGCGUAAACUCCUUCAAGACGACAUCGACCCCUGUGCAGCAGACGACAAGGGAAGGACAGCUCUUCAUUUCUCCUCCUGCAAUGGAAACGAGAGCAUCGUGCAGUUGCUGCUGAGCCAUGGUGCCGACCCCAAUCAGCGGGACAGUCUGGGAAAUACCCCCCUCCAUCUGGCGGCCUGUACCAACCACGUGCCUGUUAUCACCACAUUGCUGAGAGGAGGAGCCCGUGUGGAUGCACUCGACCGAGCAGGCAGGACCCCGCUGCACCUAGCACGCUCCAAGCUAAACAUUCUGCAAGAGGGAGAUUCACGCAGUUUAGAAACCCUGAGAGGGGAAGUCACACAGAUUAUUCAGAUGCUGAGGGAAUACCUGAACUUAAUGGGCCAGAGUGAAGCUAAAGAGAGGCUGGAGCACAUUUCAACUCAGCUGCAGCACACACGGACCAAAGAGCAGGUGGAUGAGGUGACCGAUUUAUUGGCCAGUUUUACAUCACUCAGUCUACAGAAACAGAAUCUGGGUGAUAGGUAGAAGAUGAAGUGUGUGGAGAGCUGAAGCCCUGCUCUGUUUCAAACAAGCCUCGGCCAGACCAGACGCCUGAACCAUGGUGCCAGGGUUGUCUCUCCCAACUCAGUGUUUUAUUGGACAUUUAGAGACUUUCUCAUUUUAACCAAGAUACGAUCCAUAUGUAGUUAGCAUUUAGCAGCUACAGUCAAUCAGAUAUCACUGUGGGUGACACUACUUAAGACCACAGAUUGGCGACUACAGAUAGAGGCGGCUGCAUAAGUGCCAAAGUCGUAUGUAGACUUGCAGAAUUAGACUUCAGGUGCCUGCCUUUUUUGCUGCACAUUUCAUACGACUCUCCUCUUUCACUAUGUGUGUGGUACUGUUUUAUAAAUCCCUUUCACUACAGGAAACAAACCUCUAAGUAGAAACCUGCAUGCUGAAAAAUUGGGAUUGAGCAGUAAGGCAGGCCUGUUUGGUUCUUCCAAUGAAUUUGCCAUUUGAUGCAAAUAUUCCACCAGGAAAAAUCCCUUCAGCACUUUUUACAGGGGGCUUUGGUUAAAAAAAAUAUGAACAUUCUACAGCAUUUUCCCCCAUAGCAAAAUGAUGAGGUGCAGAAUUAUUGGCACUGACAGAGUGCUGUGGAGAUGGGUCAAAAUAUGUGAGACUACAGCCCAAAUUUCAAAUUAAUUUAUUGGAAAUCAGUGAAAAAAAUCUAAACAGUAAUAUAACUGAAAACAUCCUAAGUAUGGUAUCCAGUAAUUUUCCAGUCAGUCCCUGGACACACAACAACAAAAAUUAUUCCUGUCUUGGUUAAAAUGAGAAGUUCUCAAAUGUUAAAAUCCAACACUGUAGUAGAUGAUAAGGAAAAAACUAACAUAUCAGCUUUGAAGAAAAAGCAUAAAAGAAACCCCUAAGGACAAAUCCAUUGACAACGGCAAGCUGGUGGACAGAAGCUAACCCAGAAAUGCAGUGGGACCUUGGCUCUUUAUUGUGUGUGUGAGUGUGUGUUUAGUGUGUGUGGGAGAGUGUUUGAGUCAAAGUGUGUGUGUGUCAUGUUCUUUUUGCCUGCCGUCAUUAGACAAGUUCUACGAUAAUUAUGAGACACAAUGAUUUUCACUGUUAUGCUUUGGGUUGUUUAUCGACGGCAUCUUUGUAUUGUUGCCUUUUGUCUUGUAUUGCAUGUUUCUGUGUGAUCUGUGUCCGUGUACGGAUCUGGUAAUUGGAUUUUCCGUUCUGAAACGGGUAUUGAAAAAAAAACGAGUGGUUAUUUGAUUUUCGUUUUAAAAUACAAAAAAUAAAAUUGAAAUACAA